AUGGUUUUGAUGUUGAAAGCGGGUAGCAGCUCUGUUGGAUCCUGGCUAUACCAAGUCGAAGGCAAUUCCCGCCCAGCGGAGUUUGCACGGAGACUUUUUGGAGAUUUUCACGGUGAUGAAGUUAUGGUCUGCGGAAAGUUCCUAAGAUGGAUUUUUGGCGCGGAGGGGCUCGGCUUGUCAGUGACUUCCAGAUUGCAACCGUCGGCUCGGCAAGCGCUUGUUAAGCGCUUCUUCUUCGAGACUAGACCCCACAAGAUGGCGUCCAAAUUGUUGCUUCCGCCCGCUUGGUGCAUUCCGUGCUGUGCCCAGGGUACAGGGCGACUGCCGGUCAUGCUAGUACGAAAUCCUUACCGGCGCAUGUAUUCGUACUUCCGGCACAAGUGGCUAUCCAACCCAAGGAAAGCACCGCUCACUGGAUGGACAGACUUCCCCGAGUUUCUGAGGCAGUUGGCGGAGCAUCGUUUUUCGCGCGUGGGGCAGGAUUUCUGGCACAGAUCCUUGCCAGCCCCAUUUACAGAUCCUGAUCUGUACCACACCUUGUCUUUCAGCGAUAUUGUGCAAGAUGCCCGGUGGUCUGCUGAAGCAAGAGAAGUGAUGCAGACAAGGAUGUGCGCACUUCGCUUGGAAGUGCUCAAUCUGGACCUCCUCCACUUGCAGGCGAUGCUUUGCCGUUUCUUCCGCUUCUGCGAGCGCCUACCCUCCAUCCCAGCAAUCAUCCCCACCGGCCUCCGCCCGUAUCUUGCAGAUGCUCCUCCUCCAUGGCAGAAUCUUUGGACAGAGGACGCCGUAGAGACCAUGCGCAAGAUGUUUGCCUCGGACUUCAACGUCCUUGGUUACUCUGUGGAUCCCUUGGUUGAGGCACCGCA